UCCGAAAGUGACAAGCAGACAGUCAAAGAGUCAGCUGAGCUCCGUGAAGACAGAGGGCUGAAGGGGCGACGCUGCUGCGGCGUUAGUUCUUAAAUCACUUAUCUUGUGACAAAAGUGUGGUGGUUACUGCGGCGUCAAGAUGAAGGUCCUCGUUGCCUUCUGCGUGGCGGUGUCAUGUCUGGCCUCCGCGCAAUUGCUUCGACCGGAUAAAAUGAGACUUGGAGUUUAUAAUCCAGACACCAAACAUUAUGAACAGCAGGCUCUGGGCCAAGAUACCCAUGAUCAGCAGCCACAUAGACCUGCACUGUUGGGCCAAGAUGGACAUGACCAGCAGCCACAUGGACAGGUACUGCUUGGUGGGGAUGGACAUGAACAGGCACUGCUUGGUGGUGAUGACCAUGACCAGAAGCCACAUGGACAGGCACUGUUAGGUGGGGAUGGGCAUGACCAGAGGCCACAUGGACAGGCACAGCUCGGUGGAGAUGGGCAUGACCAGAGGCCACAUGGACAGGCACAACUUGGUGGGGAUGGACAUGAUCAGAGGCCACAUGGACAGCCACUGCUGGGUCAAGAUGGACAUGACCAGAGGGCUCAUGGAAAGCCUUUGCUGGGGCAGGAUGGACAUGACCAGAGGCCUCAUGGAAAGCCUCUGCUGGGUCAAGAUGGACAUGACCAGAGGGCUCAUGGAAAGAGACCUCUUGGACAGGAUGGACAUGACCAGAGGCCUCAUGGAAAGAGACCCCUUGGACAGGAUGGACAUGACCAGAGGCCUCAUGGAAAGCACCUCCUUGGCCAAGAUGGACAUGACCAGCAGCCACACAAGCAGAAGCCCCACAAGCAUAACAAGCACAAAGCUAAAAAGGUGCUGGGAGGUGACAAUCAUGAUCGCAGAGCUCACAAGAAGCUUUUUGGGCAAGGGAACCAUGACUACAAGAAACAUGGCAAGGUCCUAGGUGGGGAUGACCAUGACAUUGGACACAUGGGAAUGUUCAAGUCUUUCAUGAAGCAGCACAACAAAUCAUAUAAGAACAAAGCAGAAUUCAAGAGGAGGUUCAAGAUCUUUCACCAGAACAUGAAGAAAGUGCACAUCUUGCAGCAGAAUGAACGAGGCACUGCCAAGUAUGGGGCAACAAAAUUUGCUGAUCUUUCAGAGCAUGAGUUCCGAAAGAUGCUGGGCUUCCAACCUCACAUGAAGCCUGCUACAUCCUCCAUGGAACCUGCUGUUAUCCCAGAAGACUUGGAGGCACCAGUCAGCUUUGAUUGGAGGCAGCAUGGUGUUGUCACACCUGUUAAGAACCAAGGAAUGUGUGGCUCAUGUUGGGCUUUCUCUACUACUGGCAAUGUUGAGGGUCAGUGGGCCAUCAAGCACAAGCAACUGUAUUCCCUUUCUGAACAAGAACUGGUUGACUGUGAUGCAACAGAUGAUGGUUGUAAUGGAGGUCUGCCUGAAAAUGCUUAUGAGGCCAUAUCGAAGUUGGGUGGCCUAGAGUUGGAAGAUGACUACCCAUAUGAUGGGGAAGAUGAACAGUGCCACUUUAACAGGUCUCUUGCCAAGGUGACAGUCAAUGGAUCUGUGGAGCUGCCAGCUAAUGAAGUGGCCAUGGCCAAAUGGCUCACCAAAAAUGGACCCAUUUCUAUUGGAAUCAAUGCCAAUGCCCUCCAGUUCUAUGUGGGAGGAGUGUCUCAUCCACUGAAGUUCCUGUGUAACCCCGAGAGUUUGGACCAUGGUAUGCUUAUUGUAGGCUACGGAGUCCACACAUAUCCAGUAUUCAAGAAGAUACUGCCUUUUUGGAUCAUUAAGAACUCAUGGGGACAGGACUGGGGUGAGCAGGGUUACUACCGUGUGUAUCGUGGUGAUGGGACUUGCGGUGUGGACCAGAUGGCCACCAGUGCCAUUGUGCCCUAAGUCAUCAGCCAACAUUUCAUGUUCACAUAAGAGAAACAUCAGCAAAGUUUUAAUUUUAGAGUUUAAAACCUGGCUAGCUUAUUCAUUAUAACCUCUGGUCACAAGUUCAUACUUAAGAUUUUGCCAUAUCUGACAUCAAACCAGUUAUUAAAUUUAUAUUAAGAAAUUAUUAGCUUUGUAUUCCAGGAAUAAUACAUUAAUCUUCAUUUUAAGUAGUAUAUAAGUUAUGAUUGUGUAUCACACUUAUGAGUAUUAUUUGGUUGUGUUACCUUUUAGUGGUUCUUUCAAUGAUCAGAAUAUAUCAUGAACAAGUGCAUUACCUUCCUUUUCACAUAUUUUUUUUUUUUUAGUUAUGUUAGUGGGAGUAUCAGAGUGCCACUCUGAUGGCAAUAUUAAGUGUAAAAUGCAGUUUGACUCGCCAUAUUCUGCUGAGAAUAUACUUAACUUAAAAUAAUAAUCACCCUAUCUUACUUUUAUAGCACCCUGAACCAUGAAAUAUGAAUUAUUGUUGUUUAGCAUAAGAUGUUCAAGGUUCUUCACUGGUGCUUUGCUUGUAGUCCAAAACUACUUAAUAUGAAAACUACAUAAAUCAACUCAGUUGUAACAAAUGGAUGUCAAGGUAUAAACAUCUUGUAAGUGUUUCUAGAAAUAUUAUGUAUUGUUGUAGGCUUCAGUAAUACCUGUAUUAACAUGGAAAGCAUCAUAUACCUCGUGUAUUUUGAAUUUAAUUCUAUGAAUAUUUGCUGACCACCAGUUACCGUGUUUUCCCUUCUGUCAUCUGUUACUUAAUGAUAAUCUUUUUUUUAUUAUUUGAAUGAUUAAUUUUUCUGUAUAUUAAGAAUUUAAAAUGACAUGGAACUGCUGAGUAUGACUGAUGAGCUCAGCAAAGCUUGAAUGUAACUCAGUCAUGUGGUAAGUUACAACAUUUUUAUUUACUCAGGGCUGAACUUAUUCAUAUUUUGACACUUUUACAGAGUUUACUGUCUGUUAAAGUACCUGAAAACUUUUUUUUUAUAUAAUUUCUAGACAAUGAAUUGAAUAAUGAAAAUUCAGAAUCCGUAGUAUACAUACAGUAUUUAUAGGCUUAUUAGUGAAAUGGUUUUCAUAUGGCCACCAUGAGUUGCAGUGUUUGAAGAAUGUGAAAUCUUGUUUAGUGGGAGCUGUACACACUACCAGCAGCUCAGAUUUAAUCAGCUGCACGUAUGAUGGUGUUGCUGUUACAUUAUUUGUGAAUAUUUGUCUGUGAAUUUGCUUCAAGGCAGGGCAUGUAAGACAUGAUAUUUUUGCAUAAUUUGUUAUUAAGCAGUGAGCAUCAAGAGAUACUUGGAUUUUUUUCAAUUAAAGCAUUUUAUUUGUUUUUUUUUUUUGUAUGCACAGAUUAACUGAAUUUGAAAUAUGGUUAACAGGUAUGGCACUUUUAAAAGAUAACACACAAGGAAGAACAAAGGUCUUUGUUACACAAGAUACAUAUCAAAUCCAGGGGCAGAGGGCAGCAAUUUACUGAAAGGUAUUAUAUUGUAAGUGCUGCAUUUUAUGAAACUAAUUUUUAUACAGGCAGUUAGGCUGAGGUUUAGUGUUGAUUACAACUUAUUUUUCAAGAUGGAUAUCAGAAAAGGAUUGGGUUCACAUGUGUUUAGCAUAAUAUAUAAACAGGUUCAAUUGCUUUCUGAUAAUGCCAGUUGAAGAUUUAUACUCAGUUACUUGUAAGUUAUAUAUAUAUAUAUAUAUAUAUAUAUAUAUAUAUAUAUAUAUAUAUAUAUAUAUAUAUAUAUAUAUAUAUAUAUAUAUAUAUAUAUAUCAUAAUUAUGUAAAAUUCUUGCUUCCCAAUACUGCUUUGAUCUUGUAUGUUUUGUAAUAUAAGGCACACUUGCCAUGAUAGAAUGUGACAUUUUCUUUUUUGUGCUGCAGAUGCUCACCAAGAUGUAACGUGAUGCGUUAGACUAACCAGCGUCUAUAACAAAACACACACACACACGCAGAAAACUUAAUUUGAUCACUGCCUGUAGAUCUCUUAUGGGGAUGAUAUUAAAAUACUCCUCAUUCCCAUCACAUACACUCACCAAUUCUCUCUUUCUCUCUCUCUCUCUCUCUCUCUCUCUCUCUCUCUCUCUCUCUCUCUCUCUCUCUCUCUCUCUCUCUCUCUCUC